CUUGCUCAGUCACUAACGAAAGCGCCAAGCGGCCGCAACGCAAGCAGAGAGCUCUCCUACAAACGGCUAACGGUACUGUGAGUGGAUGUGAAUUGUUUCGUUUCGUUUCGUCUCCGUCUCUCGUUUUUCUUUUCGGCCAUCCACCGAUUACUAUUUUUUUUGUUGCUGUUUCGCUCUUCGGCGUUCAUUGAUCGUCUCGUCGCAGCAUCCAAUCUACCAAUAUCGUGCACCUGUGUGAGAGUGAAAUGGAAUUUGUUGAAUGUUAAUUGCACGCAGCAGGCUGCCGGCAAACCACCAGCAACAGCAUCAGCACCAGCUCUAGCAGCAGCACCAGCAGCAGCACCAGCCGAAGCUCAGCAUCAACGGCAGCAGGAGAAAAUCGUUGAUAAAUAGACAAUAACAUAAAACAAAGGCCACAGACGCCGCUUCAAUUAGCCUUGUCAAUGAACCAGUGACACGAUCCUCAGCAGCCCGAGCAUCAUCCUUAGCGAGCGAAGAGCCCGAGAGCAGACAUGACAGAGACAGGCAGCCAGCAGGCGGGAGGCUCUGGUGCGGUCGCUGAUUUCAAUGGCCGCCACUCGGCCUCGCCGGCACGCACCAUUGACUCGCACGACUCCACCACGGGCAGCAUGGACACCAUUGUGGACCGCAGCUUGAACCGCGAGGAGCUGCUGCAGGUGGCCAGCAGCAACAUCGAGCAGAGCACCAACACCAGCAACAACCACAUGGGGCCAAGCGGCAGCUUGACCAACUCACAGAUUGGCAUUCUGCAGCGAGAACAGCAGCAGCAGCAGCAGCUGGAGCAGGAGCAGGCACGACAGGAUGCCCAGAGUCACAUCUAUUCGAGUCCCGUGUACGAUGAGAAGCCGCAGCCAUUGAAGCUGUCGGGCGCCUCGCUGCUCGCCGCUGCCAUGGACAUGGAUGCGGCCAAGGCCAAGACCAACAGCCAGAGCCUGGACGAGGCCAAGAAGCCGAAACUGAUUUCGCAUCAGGAAUUCAAGCAGCAGCUGGAGGAGGCCAUGGCCACGCGCCACCCGUCGGCCAAUCAGGCGGCAACCCUCAACGCGAACACCAUCGAUUCGCGGAUCAGCAAGAAGCAGCGCUGCCCGCCGGAGUUCAUCAAGUACAAGGGCGGGUCCGGGGGCAGCGAUGGCGGCGGCAGUGCCAGCUCCACGCUGUCGGCGAAGGCGCGACGCAAGCGCCGGGCGAGCAAUGAAUGCUGCUCGGCCUUCCCGCUCCAGAUCGUGCUCGGAACGUUGCAGCUCGUCUUGGCCAUCUCCCUGGUGGCGCUUGGCGCGCUGCUGAUCGUGCGCGAGGCGGCCUUGUCGAUGGCCGGCUGUGGCAUCUGGACGGGCCUGAUUGCGGCCGUCACUGGAUCCCUGGGCGUGGUCAGCAUGCGGAAGACGCAGACGGCAUUUCUGGCUCUCAGUUUGGUCUGCAUUGCCAGCAGCACGCUGGCACUGGCCAUUUCGGGCGUGGGCCUCUCGCGGGAUCUCAACCGCAUGGCCGAGCAGAAGGGCGAGCAGUUUGACCUGAUGAAUGCCAAUAGUGAAGUUUCCGCUGCCUGUGGCUUGAUAUUCACCUUGUUUUUACACUUUGUCGUCAGCAUUGUGUCUGUCUAUCGUUGUGCCUUGCAGAUUUGCACCAAAUCGGAGCACAGUGAGCUACGCGACGUAAUCAUCAAGUCGAAGGCCUCGGGCAUAGCCCUGGAUCAACAAAAGGUGGACCAGUACAUCAAGGCCAUGUCCCUCAACGGCAGUGAAAAGGUGCGAACUCUCGGGAGGCAGUUUCUGUUGACUUUUCUAACCGUUUUGCAUGACUUUUUUCCUUUGCAGGCCAACACCGAGAAGCUGGCGGCCAUGUGGAUGUAUGCCACGCAGAUGGGUAGCCUGCCGCCACCUUCGGUGCGCAAGUUGACGCCUCCCUCCCGUCCCAUAAUGCUCAUUCCCUCCGCCGCUGGAAGUGGCCUGCCACCGCCGCCGCCAACACGCCUGCCCCCACCCCCACCUGGCACUGGAGCGGGUCUGCUGCUGCCGGUGCCUCCGCUGGCGGGGCACUAUCGGGGCAUGACGCUGCCGUAUAUGCGACCGGGGCCCGGUGGUUCCGUGAUCUACGCCCAUCCGGCCAGCCUGAGCGGCACCUACCGCACCCACAAGAGCACCAAGUCCGCGGAGCUGAAUGGCCAGCGCAGGCGCCGCCGGGCAGGCAAAUCGGAUGCCAAUCGCCGCCAGCGUCGCAAGUCCGAGGCGGAUGUGCUCGAGGGAUCGGCCAACUUUCAGUACACGGGCCUCGAUCGGGCCAUCGCUGACAGCUUCCUGGCACGCCAGGAGCAGUCACAGGCCGGCAGUCACAUCGAUUACUCCUCGUCAGCGUCCUCGGAACUGUACGGUGGCGGGCAGCGCGCCUCCUCCAAGACGAAGAUCGUCUGUCGCGAUGUGGUGAUGUGAGGGGAUGCACUCCUCACCCCCUUUAAAUUCUUUGUACAUAUAUGCGUAGUCGCGGGCCUGCCUGUGCUCAGCGCUAAAAAGUUUUCAUUUGGAACUUUCCAUGGCCAAACUUUUGUCCCCUUUCCCUUUCCCGU